AUGGACACCUCCUCCUCCUCCUCCGCUACAGACGCGGCAGCGACAAUCACAGACCUGCUGCCGCCCUCACGCGUCGCCCGCAAUCUCGAGCUGCACCUCGCUGCCGAAUCGGGCGACCUCGCACUCGUCCAAUCGCUGCUCUCCUCGUCUCCCACCCCGGGCGACUCGGACGACGCGGGCGGAGUGGACGUAUGGUACGAGGACCCGUCGAGCGCCAACUGGUCCGCCCUGCAUUUCGCUGCCGAACAAGGCCAUGCUGAGGUGGUCAAGCUGCUGCUGCGUCACGGUGCGCUGUGGAAUGCCGUGGACGCCAACGGUGUCACGGCGGCGCAGGUGGCGUGGAGCAUGAACCACGAACGCUGCUACCGGCUUAUAUUCGAGGAAGGCGUCAGGCAGACAUUUCUGCUCAGCGCACUGGGCGCACAAAGCGAAGAUCAGGAUGACGAACCCGACGCAAAGCGCGCACGCACCGAAGGGACAGCAGUGACAAGUGCAGACGGUACCACGAUCACGCUCAAGCCGUCUGCGAAUGACGUGGCGAAUGAUACAGCCAAGUACCUCUCUACGCGGUUGCGCUUUGUUCCGGACCCGCUGGGGCAGGUUCGAUGUCUGGAUCAGGACGACAACAUGGUCAUGGCCCCCUGGGAGACCGAUAUAAUGUCGCUCUCCGCUUCGCUGCUGUGCGACAACCAGCCUUCGGGAUUCUCGGUUCUCAACGUCGGAUUCGGCCUGGGCAUCAUCGAUACCCUGUUGCAGAAGUACAAGCCUGGGCGGCAUGUGAUUAUCGAGGCGCACCCGGAUGCAAUUGCAUAUGCCAAGCAGCUCGGCUUCGACCGCAUGCCCGGCGUGGAGCUCUUCGAGGGCCGGUGGGAGGACUGGAUCAAAGACUCGGAUGCCGACGAGGAUCUCGCCAAAAUGGCCCAACUCGGCUCCUUCGACGCCGUGUACUGGGACACCUACAGCCAGGACUACAAAGACAUCAAACGCUUCUUCGACGCUCUACCCAACCUCCUAAACGGCCCACAAAGCAGGUUCUCCUUUUUCCAUGGAUUGGGUGCGACGAACCAGUUCUUCUACGACGUCUACACGCGCAUUUCCGAGCUGGACCUGCGCGAGAUUGGGCUUACGACGCAGUGGCACACCAUGGCCCCCUCGAUCCGCGACGAGGAAUGGGCGGGCGUCAAACAGCGAUACUGGCAGUUGGCGCUGUACUACUGUCCAAUCGCACAGCUCGAUGUGUGGGACUGA